AAAUUUGGUUGUAAAUUAGGUCAAAUUACAAGUUCUGAAGUUCUUCCGGAAACAAUUUGAAGUUCCAAAAUUCAAAUGAAAAUGUUUAAAAAUCCAUGGAAAAGAUGAUGUAGUUUAUAUAAUUCAUUGCAUCCUAAUUCCCAGGAGAAGCAGAACAACAGGUGGAAAGCUAUGCAACGUGGAAGUAUGGCGGAUGCCGCAAACUUGAUCGACUGGUACGUCAGCUGAAUAAUCUACCACAACUCACCUCUCGAAUAUCUUCUUGAUUUCUCCCCAGAAAAGAAAAUUUGAAUUCUCGACGGUGCUAAUGUUCGUCCGCUUGCUGUUCUAUCAACCCUUCUGUAUAUAGGGGAGAUUGUAUCUUCUAUUGUUUGUAGAAUUGAAGAACAAGUGUAGAAGAAAUGGAUAACAUUCACUUGGAGUCUUCCUCAACCACAAGAAAGUUACUUGGAAACAUCAUGGGAGAUAUCGUUCAACCUAGAGGACAAAGUUGCCAAUUUCUUAGAAAGGGAAGAUGGUUGGCAUCUCUUUAUUACUUCUCGAGGAAUUUCCAAACAACACGUAAAUUUUCAGUUAGUUCCUCAUCAAUCAGUGUAGAAAAACCUCACCAAAACUUGCUGAGGGACAAGAAGCUCGUUCCUGAUUCUGAUCCUCCUAGCAUGAAAGAUGUUGAUCUCUUAUAUAAUUUUCUUGAUCAAAGUUCCAACCUUGUGGUAUUGACAGGAGCUGGAAUUAGUACAGAAUGUGGAAUUCCUGAUUAUAGAAGCCCGAAUGGAGCUUAUAGUUCUGGUUUCAAACCAAUUACGCAUCAGGAGUUUGUUCGUUCAAUCCGGAGUCGUCGUCGAUAUUGGGCAAGGAGUUAUGCAGGGUGGAGACGAUUUACAGCUGCACAGCCCGGCCCUGCACAUUUAUCUCUAGCAUCUCUUGAAAAAGUAGGCCGAAUUAAUUUACUGAUCACACAAAACGUUGAUAGGUUGCACCAUCGUGCUGGUAGUAAUCCACUUGAAUUACAUGGAACUGUGUAUUCAGUAAUAUGUUUAGAUUGCGGCUUUUCCAUUUGUAGGAAUUCAUUUCAGGAUCAAGUGAAAGCUCUCAACCCAAAGUGGGCAGAAGCAAUUGAAAGUUUGCAUGAUGGAGGCUCAGGGUCAGACAAAAGCUUUGGUAUGAAGCAAAGGCCAGAUGGGGAUAUUGAAAUUGAUGAAAAGUUUUGGGAGCAGGACUUUUGUCUUCCUACCUGCCAAGAGUGCAAUGGAGUGCUCAAGCCUGAUGUCGUAUUCUUUGGUGAUAAUGUUCCGAAGGAUAGAGCUAAUAAGGCGAUGGAAGCUGCUAGAAAUUGUGAUGCUUUACUCAUAUUAGGGUCAUCUGUAAUGACCAUGUCUGCUUUUCGGCUUGUGAGAGCGGCUCACGAGGCAGGUGCUGCUACAGGAAUUGUAAAUGUUGGUGUUACAAGAGCUGAUGACUUUGUAUCACUGAAAAUAAAUGCUAGGUUGGGUGAGAUCAUGCCUAGAGUGCUUCAAAUGGGAUCCCUUAGCAUUCCUGCCCUUCAAUGAUAUCACUUCAGGUCUCUGUUUCAAUUACAACUUCGUAGUUAUCACUAGAGAAUCUAUGAUCUAUUUUGCCAAAUUACAUUUGGGAAAUGGAUAUCUUGAUUGUUGUAUUAUUAAUAGCACAAGAUUGCUGAGCUGGUCACAGAUUUAGAUCAUUUCUUCUCAAUUUACUUAAAUAAAUCUCAAUAUUUUCAUUGUAUUUAAAAUUUACUAAAUUUAUCAAUAUAUAUAUUCGAUUUGGUU